GUGGGUGCUACGUAUUGCUUUUCUCCAUUUCCACAUGUUGAAAUUGUGUUUCUUCGUCUGUCUGAUGUGCUGGGUGAAAUCAGAUGAGGAGAAAAAGUGUCCUGAAUUUACAGAUCUUAAUAUAGGCAAUGCUUUGACUGGAACAAAUCUUGAAGUCCAACUACUCUUAAGCACAAGGGAAAAUCCAGAUUGCUCAGAGAAACUAAAUGAACACAAUGUUACAGCAUCCGAAUAUCUUAAUACCUCCAAGAAAAUUGUCUUUGUUGUUCAUGGCUUCAGACCAACAGGAUCUUCACCAGUAUGGCUAGGUGACAUAAAGACCCUUUUACUAACUUCAGAGGAUAUUAACCUCAUUAUAGUUGAUUGGAAUCGUGGUGCUACAACUUUUAAUUAUAACACUGCUGUUGAAAACACCAGGAAAGUUGCAAAAAUACUGAAGAACUAUAUUGACCAGAUGCUGGCCGAUGGAGCUUCUCUUGACUCCGUACACAUAAUUGGAAUUAGCCUUGGGGCUCAUAUAGCUGGUUUUGUUGGCAAGAAGUAUAAUGGCAGACUUGGCAGAAUUACAGGUCUUGAUCCUGCAGGUCCUUUGUUCUCUCAGAAACCACCAGAAGGGAGACUGUAUUACACUGAUGCACAAUUUAUUGAUGUAAUUCAUACGGAUAUCGAUGUUCUAGGUUUCAGGCAACCUUUAGGAACCAUCGAUUUCUAUCCAAAUGGAGGAAUGGAUCAGCCUGGUUGUCCAAACACAGUAUUCAGCGGAUUUCAUUUUUUUAAAUGUGAUCAUCAGAGAUCUGUCUACCUCUUCCUAUCAUCCUUGAAAAGCGGGUGCAACAUAACGGCAUAUCCUUGUGACUCAUACUUUGAUUACAAGAGAGGACAAUGUGUCGACUGUAAGGCUUUUCAUCCAAUGUCCUGCCCUGUACUGGGUUAUCAUGCCGAUAGGUGGAAAGAAGUCUUGAUACAAAAUAAUUUACCAACAAAAGCUUAUUUUGAUACUUCGGACCAUGACCCAUUUUGUAUGUAUAACUACUUAUUGGAUAUCAUUACCUGGAAUAAAAAUACUAGGAGAGGUUUUAUUAAAGUGAAAAUAACAGAUCUUGCCGGAAAGACAGUAGAAUCGGAAAUGGAUAGUCAGGCUGUAACAUUUCAGCAAUACAGAAGAGUCAAAAUACUAACUGGAUUUUACCAGGAUCUUGACAAAAUAUCGAGAAUUUCCUUGACCUUUUCUACAAAGACUUUAAUAGGACCAAAAUAUAAGCUCAGGAUUCUCCAAAUGAGGCUAAAAUCUCUAAAUAACCCAGAAAGGCUGCAACUCUGCAGAUAUGAUUUUGUGUUAAUGGAGAACACUGAACUGACCUUCAAGCCUAUCCCAUGCCAAGAAAGUGAUAUAGGAAGAUAGAACUUCUGCUAACUUAAUUUGUCUCACAGCAGUGGCAUUUGAUUCUUUCUCAGGA